AUGGGUUUAUCUUCGUUCUUGAAUGUUCUAAAGGAGGUUGCGAGUAUCUUAAACGAAUCCCGAAAACUCUCUCUCAAGAACAAGAAGUUGAUGUUCUCAGUGUUGCUACUUCCUUUCUUGCUCAAUGUUUUAGUUUACUUGUUCAACGUCUUCGUCAUCACACCCGAGAUAACAAACUUGAUCCUUGAAUCAAGUCUGUUACCCACAGACCCAAACAGCCCGGACUUCAUAGCCCAUCUUAUGAGAUUACUUGAAGAUUUUCGCCAGUUUGUCGUUUCUUCAUUCCUUUUAUCCACUUCCUCUUUCAUCAUCAACCUCGUAUCCGUUAUAGUCGUAGUACACGCAUCAGCUCUUGCUCAUAAAGAUGAAAACAUCAAGAUCAAAGAUUUUCUUGUUCUAAGCCUUAAAUCUUGGAAAGGACCUCUUGUGACCAAUUUCUACAUUUUCCUCUUCGGUCUUGGAUGUUAUUUCCUCUUCUUUAUAAUCUUUUUUCCGAUUCUUUUGUUCUCUUCUACAAGAAUAUCUAGUUUGUAUUUCUUGGUAGCCAAGACUGGCGCUUUGUUGAUUCUAUUCGCAGUGUUUGAGUUAUAUUUAGCUAUCGUUUGGAACCUAUCUUUGGUCAUAUCGACACUCGAGGAAACUUAUGGGGUCCAAGCUUUGGGGAAAGCGGCAAAGAUUGUUAAAGGGAUGAAACCGAAACUGUUCCUCGUGAAUCUUUUCUUGGGUUUGUUGUGCUUCGGUUUAGCUGGAAUCGCGAAGCUGGUUGGUUCGACAAGUUCGUUCGUGCUUACCUUAACCACCGGUUUGGUCCUUGUGAGCUUGACCUUCGCAGUGAGGAUGUUUCUGUUUGUGACUUACACCAUUGCAUAUUUCCAAUGUAAGAGCCUCCAAGGCAAAGACGUUGAGUCGCUCAUGGAUGUGGAGUAUGCGAGAUUACUGUCCACUACGCAUUAG